AUGACUUCUACCUCAAGAUCCUCUUUUAAGUCAGCUACGUUUGAAGUGGGACCAAAUUACACGGACUUUAAGAUGUUAGGUGAAGGAGCCUAUGGUGUUGUGUUUUCGGCGGUUGAUAAUCGGUCUGGCGAACGCGUUGCCAUAAAAAAAUCGACUCCCUUUGAGCAUCAAACGUUUUGCCAAAGGACGUACAGAGAGGUCAAAAUAUUACUUCGCUUCAAACACGAGAAUAUAAUUGAUAUAAGAGAUGUUUUACUCGUUGGUGAUACGUUGGAGACUAUGAAAGAUGUGUACAUAGUCCAAACGUGUAUGGACACUGACUUGUAUCGUUUGCUGAAAAGCCAGGCCAUUUCGAAUGACCACAUAUGUUAUUUUCUUUACCAGAUUCUACGAGGUCUCAAAUACAUACAUUCUGCCAACGUCAUACAUCGCGAUUUGAAGCCAUCCAAUCUGCUUAUUAAUGCUAACUGCGAUCUCAAAAUUUGUGAUUUCGGUCUAGCUCGGCUGAAUGAUCCAAUGCAUGACCACAACGGAAUGUUGACAGAGUAUGUGGCUACACGGUGGUAUCGUGCGCCCGAGAUCAUGUUAAACUCCAAGGGUUACACGCACGCCAUCGACGUCUGGUCGGUUGGUUGCAUCUUCGCCGAGAUGCUUGAUCGUCAACCACUCUUCCCCGGAAAGCACUAUGUCGAUCAAUUGACACUCAUUCUUCAAGUACUGGGCUAUCCCGCCGAGGGUGACAGGGAGUGGAUUGUCAAUACAAAGGUUAGUCAUCGUUUCACUAGUUCAGCCUUGCGGAGCCAUCAAAUAACGGUGAUCGCCACUGCACUGUUACUAACAGUCGAAUGA